AUUUAUUCUUCGUCAUGAAUUGGUGCUUGAAUAGGUAUGGAAGUAAAUUUAUUGUCAUUUAUUGCUACUGUUCAAAAAAUUGCUCCAUUAUUCAUUUUAAUCAAUAUUAAUAAUAGAUUGAUUAUUUAUAUAUAAAUAAUUUUAUCUGGAUUUAUAGGUUUAUUAUUGGGAUUAAAUCAAACAUCAUUAAAAUUGAUCAUAGCUUAUUCUUCUAUUAAUCAUACGUCUAGGAUAUUUAUGUCAAUAAUAAUUGAUUUCUAUAUUUCAUUAAUUUAUUCAAUGAUUCAUUCUCUAAAUAUUCAAUAAUUUGUAUUUUUUUUAGUCAUUCUAAUAUAAAUUAUCUGAAUCAAGUUCAUAAGUUUAAUAAUAUAAGUUAUUUUAUGAAGUUUUUAGUUAUAAUAAUAUUUAUAUCGAUAGCUGGUAUUCCUCCUAUAUUUGGGUUUAUCCCAAAGUUUAUUUUUUUUAUUUUAAUAGUAAAUAAUAAAUUUUUUAUUGAAAGUUUGAUAUUUAUUAUUUUUA